AUGGGCCUCAAGAAGCCCUCCGCGGGUUUCAUUCAGCCUCCCGAAGGCGAUCUCAGCGCCCUGAACAACGCUCAGAUCGAGCUGUUCUGGCCUGACGACGGGAUGUGGUACAAGGCGGAGGUUGUGAGCCUGAACACCCGCAACAGGAGCGCCAAGGUGUUGUACGCGACCGGGGACGUUGAAACCUUGAGCAUCGACGAGAUAGCUCAGGAAGGCCAUCUCAACGUAUGCACCUAA